AUGGAUCUUGUCGUAGGGCAGUCUAUCUUGGCCGAUUCGGCUAAGAGCAUCUCUGGUCCCUUAGCACGAUAUCUCCUCUUGCCUCAACUCCCAGUCGACUCAGCAUUACACCCGGCCGACUGGUUCUGUCGGCCUCGGCCCCAAUCGUGUCGCCGCGGUCUGUCAACCGUUCCGGUCGUCUUGUUCUGUCGACCACUUGGUCUGAACAGACUGUUCCGACCGUCUGGUUUCGUCGACCAUUCGGUCCUGAUCGUAUUAGGCCAGCCGGUUCUUCUUGGUGCUCCGACCACGAUCGUGUCACCGCGGUCUAUCGACCGUUCCGGCCGAUCGUGUCUAGCGACCGCCCGACUAAACCAUGAUCCCCCGGAUCAUGUGUGGCCGUGCACGGUCAAGCAACCGCUCGGCAACCGAUCACACCGUUUGGUGAUCGAUCCCGACCGUUCGGUUGUUGGUUCACCCAUCCGAUUUCCGUCCGUACGCACUUCCGAUCCGUCGGCGCAUCGGCUGGAUCGCAUCGCCGCGCUCCUUAGACCGUUCUCGGCCGAUCGAUUCCUCGACUGCGCUGUUGUGACCGUUCGUGUGAUCGGUCCAUGA